CACCUGCCUCCACUUUAGCGGUUCCUCUUUCAGCUUUAUAUAUCCCAUCCAUCCUUUCCUUUGCCUUUCAGGUCCCGUGUCAUGUGUCACCACCACUUCACAUCCUCCGAAAUCCCAUCGCUAAAACAAGCCAUAAAUCCCAUCUCAACCUCCAUUAUAUACCUUCCCGAGGUAAAUACUAUAAAAGAAAACAUGCAGAAGAUUAGAUAGAUAGGUACCUGCAUUUGUUUCCUCAGCAUUAGGUGGUGAAAUCCUUGGUGGAAAAGGAAAAUGUCAGCUGCUGUAAGGACUCGCUCAGCAUCCCAAGAAGUUUCUUUCAGUAAUGAGAUGGAGAAUCUAGGACUAAAUGACCACAACAUCAAGGCUGCUGCUGCAGCAGCUGAAGAAAAAGCAGAGAAGGACCAUGAAGAAGAUGGUUCUGUUGAUGGCAUUGAAGAAGAUGAUUCCAAGCUCCAGUCUGAUCAUAAGGAAUUGGAUCUUGGGCCUCAAGUUUCCCUGAAGGAGCAGCUUGAAAAAGAUAAGGAUGAUGACAGCUUAAGGAGAUGGAAGGAACAGCUACUUGGGAGUGUUGAUAUGUCUGCUGUAGGAGAAAGCAAAGAACCAGAAGUGAAGAUAUUAAGUCUUUCAAUCUUAUGCCCGGGCCGUCCAGAUCUUGUAUUGCCAUUUCCAUUCAAUAGUAAUUCAAAGAGCAGUAGCCUCUUCACCCUCAAGGAAGGAAGCCUGUACCACCUCAAGUUAUGCUUCACUGUCUCCAACAACCUUGUAUCUGGUCUCAAGUACACCAAUACUGUCUGGAAGACAGGCGUGAGAGUGGACCGUACAAAGGUGAUGCUCGGUACCUUUAGCCCACAAAAGGAGCCUUACAGAUAUGAACUAGAAGAAGAAACUACCCCUUCAGGCAUUUUUGCUAGGGGCUCUUAUUCUGCUAGAACCAAGAUCGUGGAUGAUGAUGGGAAAUGCUAUUUGGAUGUCAGCUACUGCUUUGAAAUCCAAAAACGCUGGCCUUCGAGCUAGCUUUAGAAGAUUUUGGCCUUCGGCUCCAUUGCUUAAUUGCCACUAGUACUUGAUUGAUCGUGCAUGUAACCCAAUAUUUUAGUUAGUGAUAUUUUGUUGCUUUGGUAUUUUAGUUGAUGUAAUAUCUGAUUAAAAUCAUCAGACAAUGAGUUGUAACUCAAUUGUUAUUAAUUCUUUUCUUAUUUUUUAAGAUAA